UGGACCAAGGCAGAUGUACUGGAGGGAGGGCUAAUAUAUAUGUGUAAAUAGAGGAGGAUUUGCUCAACCUGACUUGAAACUAGUGCAAGACAAGCUGUGGAUAUUAUUGGAUAACCCUAAAUUAUUGAUGCUGGAAGGUCAGGAUCUGCACUUUGGUUGGCAUGGCUUCCUAUGGUAUAAUAAUGCAUCAGUUCAGAAAGCAUUCAAUAAAUAUCUGAUUAGGAAAGUGCUAUAUAAAGUUUGGAGUAAAUAUAAACAAUGUUUAUAUACUCCAUUCACUAUCGUUAUCGGAAGCGCUUUUACUUAAAGCACUACAAAGGCAGGGAGAGUGGGUAACUUCUAGAGAUCUGCUUAACCUAACAGGAGAGUUAUACCAACUGAAUAGUAGGCAAGAGUUAUUGAAGGAAGUGUUUAAUAUCCAAUGGUGCCCAUAUCUACAAACUUAAGAAAGAUGUAAGACAGAAAAAGAUAGAGGAUUUGAUUUGGAAAAAGGUAAAUUUGAAAAACAUCUGUUUAAGAGGGGAAAUAAUCUGAUUGGUAACCUAUACAAAUAAUGUUGUAAUUUAAUUUAGAGGAUGACAUAAUCAAAGAUUAUAUGGAGAAAUGGCCGAAAGGUAUAGGCUAUAAUACAGAUUUGUAGAAUUGGCAGAAAUGAUGAAAAAAUAGCAACAUUGUUGUGACCUAAAAGGACAUUUUUUGGAAAUGAUACACAGAUGGCAUUUUUCCCCAGGUGAACUUGCAAAGAUCUCUAAGGAUACAAAUAAUAUAUGUUGGAAAUCUAGUGAGGAGAUUGGAACCUUCUACCAUUUGUAGUUGAGAAAGAAGAAAGUGAAGAAAUUCAGUGAAAAAUUGUUUACUGAUAAGGAAUAACAUCAAAUGCACAGAAGAAAAAGUGACCAGAAGAUUUAUGGGAAAUCUCUGUAAGCUACAAUGGCAAUGGAAGUACUUCCAGAACUAUAUGAUGUAUUCCAGGGAGAGGUUGCUUCUGUUACAGAUUAUGGAGCAUUCAUAAAAAUUCCAGGAACAAGGAAGCAAGGCCUUGUACACAAAAGUCAAAUGUCAAAUUGCCGAGUGGACAUGCCCUCAGAGCUGGUAGAUGUUGGUGAAAAAGUGUGGGUGAAAUUGAUAGGAAAGGAGGAGAAAGACAACAAACUAAAACUGUCUCUUUCCAUGAAGGCUGUUAAUCAAGGAACUGGAAAGGACCUUGACCCCAACAAUGUUGCUCUUGAUCAAGAUGCACGAAAGAAACGUUCAUUCAAAGAUUAUACCAGCCAGAAGAUCACUCUAGAAGCUGUCCUGAACACAGUUUGUAAGAAGUGUGGUUGCCCAGGUCAUUUUGCAAAAGAUUGCUUCAUGCAGCCAGGAGGGACCAAGUACACCCUUAUACCAGAGGAAGAAGAAAUCCUUCCAGAAAACAAAAGAAAGGCUCAUAUAUCUGAGGAUUCUGUAAAGAAGAAGAAAAGGGGAAAAAAGGAAAAGAAGGAAAAAAAGAAACACAAGAACAAAGUCCCUUCUGAACUGGAUGUUUCUGACAGUGGUGAUUUAGACACCAGUAGCCAGCCAGCCAGAAAGAAAAGAAAAGGGACUGAAAAAGCCAGUACUUCGCAGAAGAAAAAGAAGAAGCAUCAUAAAAAGAAGCACAAGGAAUGAGAAGCACUUAAUGGUUCUGUUAACAUAGCAAGGGCUUCUCUCUGGCCUCCCAUAAUCAGCUGACAAAAAGAACAGCCGAGACAGACAGAAUUGUGUUAAGACAAAAGGUCUUUCCUUCUUUGAAAAGAGGCAUUGUUUCCAGUGAAUUUUAAUAAAGACUUCUACAUUUUCCCCCCACAAAGAAGGAAAUUCAGUGCCAGCUACAGUUGGAUGUUUCUUGCCCAGAUGUGGCACUCAUUUCAUGUGAAACUCAUGCCUUUCUGCACUGUUGUUUCUUUGUGGUAAGAUGCCAGGAUUGCAGCAUCUUUUGGAACAACCUUGAGUGAUUGGUUAGAAUUGUACAUGGCAUCAGCAACCCGGCUUCCGUAGGCAAGUUGACAUCUGGAUGUUGAUUAAACAUCUGCAAGUCUUUCUCUGCACACUAAAAGGAAGAAUGGACACACAUUUCUGAGCUAACAGGUUGAUUGGUGAAGAACAGAUUGCCGUAUCUCUCAUACUGAAGGAGAAAAAAUAAUCAGCCAAUAGCACUUCUCCUUUUAUAAUCUGAAAAUUGAGGCAAGAGUUAACUAUGAAAUAACCCUUUUUCUUCCUCAUGAUUUGUUCCAUUUGCUGGCCAGCCUUUUGACUGUAUUGCUCUUGCUGCCUCGGCUUCAAGUAUUCUUCAGUUAAGGGAUGGGAACAGCCUGUCCAGGAACUGCAUGCAAGCCUGGUUCUCCCACUGUUGUGGCUCCUCAAUCCACAGUUUUUUAAGAAU